AUGGACAGUCCUUUGCUGGACAGGGAAGUCUUUGAUGUCGAGUUUUCGGAUUUGCACUUGGCCCACAUUGCCGUAAAACACAAGCCACCGAGUCCAGAGUUUGCGAAGACGUUUCAGGUCAAGGGAGAUGACGAUUUCAAGCAGAAGGUGGCAUACCUCAGACAGCAGCUGAAGAUUGAGCAGAAUGUCGCAACAAACCUCGACAUUCUCCGAAGAGCAUGCGUGUUGAUGAAUCGAGUCUUGAAAGUCGCGUCCCAAGGCAGCACCUUGCCUCAGCAGGCCGAUGAGCUUUGCAAGGUCUUGGGUCAGAGGGUGCCGCCUGUGAAGGCAGAGGGUGAUUUCCAGUCUCAGCUCUAUCAGAAGAUCGAGAAGUUGGAGGAGAAAUGGGGACGCUCCGAAUCUGAAGACUACCUUGCGCGUUUAGAGUACACGUGCGAAAAGCUGGGGAUGUCGAAGGAUUUCAAGCGUUUGAAGGCCAAUCAUUGCAGCUGUCAUUACCUAGCUGAUCGGUGCCUGGCAAAAUCCGGUUUCGAGGAAAUCAGAAAGGUCAGAACGGAGAUCCAGCAGGCGUGUGCGGAGCUCAAAACAAGUUUGGAUCAGGAGUUCAAUGUGGAGCGCAAGGUUGCGGAGUACAUCAGGCUGGAUCAGAUUAGCCAACAUGCAAGAUGUGAGAAGGAGUUCGAUGCAGUGAAGCAUCAUGCUGUUGAAGUGUUCAGCAGCGAGCUGCGACUUAUUGAUGAUGUGGCUACCUCGGACAAGACCGCAUCGUUUCCGCACGCCCUCACCAAGCUUUCUCACAUCAUUUCGGUCCUUGCAUUCGUUAGUCAGGUUUCCGACGAGGGAAAGAGCAUAUCUAAGCAGUUUUGGAAGGUGCUAACUGGUAUGGACCAAAAGAUCAAGCGCCUGGGAACAAAGAAUGCUGCAGAAGUGAAGAAUCUCUUCUACCCUGUGUUGGAACGGGCAGCUGCCAAACACCCCAGCCUCAUCCAGGGGCAGCGGCCCUUCGACUACGAAUGCGAGGCACAGCUAAUCCGACAGGAUCAAGAUUGGAAAGACGAGACUCGGAAGCUGAUGGAAGUGCUGGAGCAGGGACUUCUGCAAGACUUUGCGGCAGCCUUUGCAAAUUUCUGUGAUGUCGUCGAGAAGCGGCAUGCAGAUGAGCAAAGAGAUGUGGCAGCAAAGGUGGAGGAACAGAUCGAUACAGUUCUUGUGAGGUUGCUCCAGUACGUGCAGGAGAAGCUGAGUCGUUUCCAGAAGGACAUCGAGCAGCUGGAUUUGGAGCAGGCCACAGAGCAUCGGCAGCAGCUGGUGCAGCUGCGUGGAUUCCUUGAAGGAGAGUUCAUAAAGAGCAGCGAGAGACUGCAGCAAAUUUGUGGCAAGUCCUUGGAGCACGUGGGUCGGAUCAACAUGGAGCUUGGUAAGAUGCAGCCGAAGCCUUUGGAUGAGCUCUGCUUGAAGGCGAAGAGCAAGAUGGAGGCCCAAGCCAAGGACUUGCUGGAGCACCUACCGGAUUCAGAUUCGUAUGCCAAGCUGGCAGCGCUUUUUGCCCAGCUUCCUCAACUUGGUCUGUUGCUUGGCGGAAGUGAGGUUCCAAGCGAGCUCAAGAGCCAGUGGCGAGCAAGGAUAAUUCACAAAGUGGGCUCCAUGGACGUUACGGAUGAGGUGAACUUCAAGGCGCUGGUGUCCAUGGAGAAAUCUCUUUUGACACAUGUACCUGAAGUUGCUGCGAAGCUGCAAGACUUGUAUGGACAUCUUGUCGAGUGCGAGGAGGAGUUCUAUGCAUCGCUUGACAAGGAUUGCAUGCAAAGCCUGGGCGAGGCCUUUGCUGCUUUCUGUACUUCCGCAGUGCCGGCAUGUACGGUGGACGCCACAUCAGCUGAGGCAAUUAACAAGAUCGACCUAGUUCUUGCGAGGUUGCUCCAGUACGUGCAGGAGAAGCUGAGUCGUUUCGAGAAUGACAUCGAGCAGCUUGAUUUGGAGCAGGCCGCAGAGCAUCGGCAGCAGCUGGUGCAGCUGCGUGGAUUCCUUGAAGGAGUGUUCAUAAAGAGCAGCGAGAGACUGCAGCAAAUUUGUGGCAAGUCCUUGGAGCACGUGGGUCGGAUCAACAUGGAGCUUGGUAAGAUGCAGCCGAAGCCUUUGGAUGAGCUCUGCUUGAAGGCGAAGAGCAAGAUGGAGGCCCAAGCCAAGGACUUGCUGGAGCACCUGCCGGAUUCAGAUUCGCAUGCCAAGCUGGCAGCGCUUUUUGCCCAGCUUCCUCAACUUGGUCUGUUGCUUGGUGGAAGUGAGGUUCCAAGCGAGCUCAAGAGCCAGUGGCGAGCAAGGAUAAUUCACAAAGUGGGCUCCAUGGACGUUACGGAUGAGGUGAACUUCAAGGCGCUGGUGUCCAUGGAGAAAUCUCUUUCGACACAUGUACCUGAAGUUGCUGCGAAGCUGCAAGACUUGUAUGGACAUCUUGUCGAGUGCGAGGAGGAGUUCUAUGCAUCGCUUGACAAGGAUUGCAUGCAAAGCCUGGGCGAGGCCUUUGCUGCUUUCUGUACUUCCGCAGUGCCGGCAUGUACGGUAGACGCCACAUCAGCUGAGGCAAUUGACAAGAUCGACACAGUUCUUGUGAGGUUGCUCCAGUACGUGCAGGAGAAGCUGAGUCGUUUCCAGAAGGACAUCGAGCAGCUGGAUUUGGAGCAGGCCACAGAGCAUCGGCAGCAGCUGGUGCAGCUGCGUGGAUUCCUUGAAGGAGAGUUCAUGAAGAGCAGCGAGAGACUGCAGCAAAUUUGUGGCAAGUCCUUGGAGCACGUGGGUCGGAUCAACAUGGAGCUUGGUAAGAUGCAGCCGAAGCCUUUGGAUGAGCUCUGCUUGAAGGCGAAGAGCAAGAUGGAGGCCCAAGCCAAGGACUUGCUGGAGCACCUGCCGGAUUCAGAUUCGCAUGCCAAGCUGGCAGCGCUUUUUGCCCAGCUUCCUCAACUUGGUCUGUUGCUUGGUGGAAGUGAGGUUCCAAGCGAGCUCAAGAGCCAGUGGCGAGCAAGGAUAAUUCACAAAGUGGGCUCCAUGGACGUUUCGGAUGAGGUGAACUUCAAGGCGCUGGUGUCCAUGGAGAAAUCUCUUUCGACACAUGUACCUGAAGUUGCUGCGAAGCUGCAAGACUUGUAUGGACAUCUUGUCGAGUGCGAGGAGGAGUUCUAUGCAUCGCUUGACGAGGAUUGCAUGCAAAGCCUGGGCGAGGACUUUGCGGAUUUCUGUACUUACGCAGUGAUGGCAUGCAUGUUCGAGGCCACGUCAGCUGAGGCCGUUGCCAAGAUCGAGGCAGUUCUCGCCAGGUUGGUCCAGUACGUGCAGGAGAAGCUGAGUGGCUUCGAGAAGGGCAUUGAGCAGCUGGAUUUGGAGCUUGCCACAGAGCGUCGGCAGCAGCUGGUGCAGCUGCGCGGGUUCCUUGAAGGAGGGUUCGUGAAGAGCAGCGAGAGACUGCAGCGAAGUUGUGGCAAGCCCUUGAAACAGGUGGGCCAGGUCAAAAAGCAUCUUCGAAAGACGCAACCAAAGCUUCUACAGAAGCUCUGCCUCAAGGCGAAGAGCAAUCUGGAGAUGAGAGCCCAAGACUUGCUGAAGCGCUUGGUGGAGCGAGGUUCGGAUUCGGAACUGCGAGGGCUUUUUGUGCAGCUUCCUCAACUUGAUGGCCUGCUGGGUGAACGAGAAGUGUCAAGCCAACUCGAGAAGCUGUGGCGGGAAGGUGUCAAAGAGGCCAUAAGUGAUGUGCGUCUGCGGUUUUCACCUGGUACUCCGUUUCCAUUCGCCCACUUGCAGCGUCUUGCGUCCAUCAGCGAAAGUCUUGGAAGGCAUGUUCCGGAAAUCCUAGAUGAAGUUGGCAGGUGGAAGGUCUGCAUAAAGGAAUCUAUUCAACAAGUCGCCAAGGAUGCAGAAGGUGAUGUAGAGCAGUGGCGCAAGGACAAAAGAAGCCAUGUUUUCGCAAUCAACUUGGCCAAGGCUCUCAUCAACUUGGCCAGCAUGCACAUGAACCUUCCGUCGGCCUUUGCUGACCUUGCUGACGACGCCAGGACCUACAUCGCUGCGAUGCUGGACAAAUGCUCAGCACUUCCCAAGUUCCACGGCAUGGUUCUGAGAUUGCAGGAUCAGCUGCAAAGCAAGGGGUUGGACAGAGACCAGUCGACACUGGGCCAGUGGAUUCUGACAACUUUCCAGCAGUUUGUGGACUGGCGUACAGCUGAUUUCAAUAAGAAGACCAAGAAGAAGUCUGCAGACGAGAUCCUAAAGGAGUGGAGCUUGCCGGAAGAAGACGAGCUGCUGCUCAAGACAAGAUCUUUGGCUUACAUGUUUGAGAGACUGCACAGUAUUGAGAGUGUGCGAUUGCGUCGCAGGCAUGUAUGCCAAAAGGCUUCAGACUGCGUCCAUCCCAACUGA